AUGGAACCUCUGCGACCUGCGAGUGAAGAAGAAAUACGGGGUCUUAUUCAAAUCUACGAAACGCGUAUACCCGAAGCAGUGCAAUUUUUGUUAAUAUUACAAAACAUUUUACGCAUAAAUACAACAGUUCACGGUUGUGACCUAGAGGAAGCUUCGCACAGGAUACGUAAAACCAUUUACGUUCCAAACAACCAUAGUUUAAACCGGCUGGGAACAUUUGUAGCCAUUAGCUAUGAGGACGAUUUAUACAUUAUGGCCCACUCUUUAGAAGAGCCUCCCCUCGAGCUUUCUGAUGCACUUCAAAACACGCAACUAAUUAAAUGGCAUCUUAAACCAACAUUUGUUGUAGGAGAGGCAACACUAAUCCAUGAGACAAUACAUCAAAAAGCAAAGGAAAUCAGCUUAAGAAUAGAUACAUUCGAUUUUGUAAAUUACUGGUUGCAACGAGAAAAAGCGGCUAACCUAAACGUUGUUAUACCAAGCGAUGUACAGUUGAUGCCAUUAGAAAAAGAACAUGGAAAACUAAUCAACGAAUGGUGGACUUACCGAUAUAAAAUGUCGCAGUGGUAUAUUGAAUCAGCCAUCAAACAUAAUGGAGCUCUGGGACUGUUUGAUAAAAUCACGGCAGAACUGGUCGCAUGUGUGUUUAAAAAUGAUCUCGAUGGCAUUGCACACCUGUACACAGUUCCUGAUCGUUAUAAUAAAGGGUACGGAACUACACUUGCUAAAGCAAUGGCAAGGCUUAUAGCGGUGGAUCAUCAGCAGCAAGUACAAACGUUCAUAACUGCAAACAACGAAAAGUCAAUCAAGUUAUUUGAAAAACUUGGUUUUGUAGCCGUUAACAAGAUAUAUUGGUUAAUACUGCAAUUAUAG